CCUUCAUCUUUUUUUAUAGCUUUUGUUGAUCAAUCUCUUGUUCUUCACCUAAAGGCUCAAAUCAGUUUAUUUUCCUUUUUUAUCACAUGGGUAAUAUCAGAAACAAAUCAUAAUCGAUACACAACACACACCAGCGAAGGAGCUUCAAAUUCUGUUAACAAAAGACCAUCGUAAAACCAGAGAAAAAGAAAACAAAGGAAACGACGAUUACCAGAGGUGGAGAUCUAAAGGGAGGAAUAAAUCAGGCUGGAAUUAACCAUUACAACAACUUGAUCAAUCAACUUCUGGUAGAAGAUUUUGAUGAUGGAUAAGUCAUGGAUAGACAAAGCACGUUUAUCUCAAGAUUACAUUUCAAGGGUAAAAAGUUUCUUAAAUUUUGCAUUUGGCAAAUCAAAUGCACCCAUGAUGAAAUAUCCAUAUCACCGUUGUGCUCUAACCAAAUCUAAAUCAAGAGAAGAUAUUGAAGAGGAUUUGAUGUGCUUUGGCUUUUUAAGUUCUUACACAAGUUGGAUACUACACGGAGAGAGUAUUUGUGUCACUGGGAAUGCAAGAGAAUCUUCUGAUAUUGCUCAAGUUGAAUUGGAUUCAACUUUGAAUCUAUUAGAUGAUCUUUUUCCUGAUAUUAAUACGAAUGUGUAUAGUGGAAGUGGAUCUGGAACUUGUGAGCAACCUAUGGACAUUGAUAGACCAUCAACUUCAAGUGGAAAUUGUGGAAAAGGAGAGGAUUUUGAUGAGUUGCUUGCUGAUUUUUCUCAAGAGCUAUAUACAGGAUGCACCAAAUUCACGAAGUUGUCAUUCAUGUUGAAGUUGUACCAUAUCAAAUGUAUGUGUGGAAUUAGUGACAAAGGGAUAUCCAUGGUGCUUGAUUUGCUAAAAGAAGCAUUUACUGAUGCCAAGUUGCCAGAUUCAUUCAAUGACAUGAAAAAGAUGAUUCGCAAAUUGGGAUUGAAUUAUGAGUCAAUUCAUGCAUGUCCAAAUGAUUGCAUGUUAUAUUGGAAGGAAGAUGCAGGAAGGGAAAUUUGCAAAGUUUGUGAAACCUCUCGUUGGAAGGAAGCAAAGAGUACAUUAUCUGGAUCAGAGAAUAGAAAAAAGAGAGCUCCUGCAAAGGUUUUGCGUUAUUUUCCUCUGAAGCCGCGUUUACAACGUUUAUUCAUGUCAUCAAAAACUGCUUCCCAUAUGAGUUGGCAUGCAACUGCUAUUAACAAUGAUCGUAAGCUUCGGCAUCCAAGAGACGGAGUGGCUUGGAAGGAAUUUGAUAAAAAAAAUAUCCAGAAUUUGCAUCUGAACCAAGGAAUGUCAUAUUAGGCUUGGCGACUGACGGUUUUAACCCAUUUGGUACAAUGAGUAAUAGUUAUAGCAUAUGUCCAGUGAUAUUGUUUCCUUAUAAUUUUCCACCGUGGAUGUCAAUGACGCAGACAUCACUGAUCCUCUCUAUGGUAAUCCCUGGAAAGCAAAUGCCUGGUAAUGAUAUUGAUGUCUACUUGCAGCCACUUAUGAAAGAGUUGAAAGACUUAUGGUCUGAUGGGAUUAAAACGCUAGAUGCUUCCAUAAAAGAAACAUUUGACAUGCGAGCAGCUAUAAUGUGGACAGUUAGUGAUUUUUCUGGGCUUGGAAAUUUGUCAGGUUGGAAUACGUAUACAGCAUCAGCUUGCCCAAGCUGCAAUUUUGAUGGCAUUGGACAACGUUUAUGCCAUGGGAAAAAAAUUGUUUCAUUGGUCAUCGUCGUUUUCUUCCUCAAGAUCAUGAUUUCCGUCAAAAUAAAACCAAUUUUGAUGGAAAUAUAGAAACCAGAUCUCCUCCAGUCACAUUGUCAGGUUCUACAAUUAUUCAUCAACUUGAAAAAAUUAAUGUUACUUUUGGUAAGAAGCAUGGUUCAGUUGGAGUUAGAAGAAAAAGAGAUCAAAGUAAUGCUGGCAGAUCUAGUACUCAGCAAUGGAAGAAGAAAAGUAUAUUUUUUGAGUUGCCUUACUGGGAAUUUAUUAUGUUGCGGCAUAAUCUGGAUGUCAUGCACAUAGAGAAGAAUGUGUUUGACAAUCUAGUCUACACAUUAUUAGAUGACAAAGAAAAAUCGAAAGAUAAUCUGAGUGCUAGAAAAGAUCUCCGUAAGCUAGGUAUACGCUCCGACUUAUGGCCUGAUGAUAAUGAGAAGUAUCCAGCAGCAUGUUUUACUCGGAACAGUGAUGGGAAAGACACUUUUUUAAGUGUCUUGAAGAAUGUAAAACUCCCUGAUGGUUAUGCUUCUAACUUAUCAAGUUGUGUUGAUGUUAAUAGGCGCAAAGUAUUAGGAUUAAAAAGUCAUGACUGUCAUGUGAUAAUGAGAGAUUUAUUUUCAGUUGCGAUUCGAAAUCUGCUGCCAACAGAUGUGCCUUCAGCCAUUGUGGAGCUUUGUCAAUUUUUUAGAGAUAUAUCAGCAAGAGUCCUUGAUAUCGAUGAGCUUGAUAAGUUACAAGACCGUAUUGUAGUAACUUUAUAUCGUAUGGAGAUGUUUUUUCCUCCAUCAUUUUUCACUGUGAUGGUACAUCUAAUAGUACAUCUCACAGAAGAGGCAAAAUUUGGUGGGCCAGUUCCAUUUCGUUGGAUGUAUCCGAUUGAGAGGACUCUAGGACACUUCAAAUCGAAUGUUCGAAAUCGUGCUAAGCCUGAAGGUUCUAUAUGUGAGCAAUAUUUAGCUGAUGAGUGUGUAACUUUUUGCUCAAUGUAUCUCAAUGAUAUAGAGACACGAUUUACUCGGAUUGGCCGUGUUGAUGAUCGACCUGUAGCUCAAACUAGUAUAAGACCAAAUUCAGAACUUCCACUUAUUUUUCCAAACCUUGGAAGAUUUAUUGGAGCAGGUCAGGUUUACACUCUUAACCAUGUAGAGAGGCAGCAAGCGCAUCAACAUGUAUUGAUCAAUUGUCAACUACUUGAUCAGUUACGGGAGAUGUAUAAAAAUGAGCUGUGGAGAAAACCAUCUCAUCAAAGCAAGAGAAAUCGUGCUAUCGACAUUGACCGAGAAAUUCAUCUGAAUUUUUCAAACUGGAUCAAACAGAAAGUAGAGACAAAUGAGUUAGAUGGAAUAACUGAUGAUUUGCAAUGCUUAGCUUUGGGUCCAUCUGAAAAGGUUGUCAAGUAUACAGCUUACAAUAUCAAUGGUUUCAAAUUCCGAACAAUGGAAAGAGAGUCCGACCUGAAGACUCAAAAUAGUGGUGUUUAUGUAGCUGCUGAGACUAUGAGUUAUGCUAGUUCUCGUGAUUCUAAUACAAGAACAGGAACUGUAGCUUACUAUGGAAAUCUGCUUGAGGUAAUGGAGUUGAAUUAUUAUGAGGUUUUCAAAGUUGUAUUAUUCAAGUGUAAUUGGGCUGACACUCGUACGGAACGAGGAUACAAAAUGGAUGCAUAUGGUCAUCAUAUGGUAAAUUUUUCACGAUUGUUAUCCACCGGAGAUAAUGUGGAAGAUGAGCCGUACAUAUUGGCAUCUGAGGCAAGAAUGGUAUAUUAUAUAAAAGAUCCUUGUGAGGUAGAUUAGAAUAUCGCAGUUCAUUUUCAGCCUAGAGACGUAUAUGAUAUGGGUGAUGUUGAUCGUGAAUCUUUGUGACAGGCCAAGAGGUUGUAUGAGACUCUCGAAGUGUUUGCAAUCACGCCUAUAACUUUGGGUAUGUGUUUCUCUCAUCGAAGCUUAUGGUUAAAGACUCGUCAAGUUUGUCCAUUGGUAUGUAGAGAGAUCGAGAAGCUGGAGGGGCGGAGAUGUUCAUCUCUCGCUAUUGAAUGUUGGGGGAGAACCAAAUUUGAAGCAUUUCAGACGCAAGCUCGGUGGUGUUGUUAGAAGGAUCUAUAUGUGGUUACAGAUUGUAAGAUCGAUGGAGGAAAGGAGAGAACUGAGAAAGAGAGAUCUGAGAAGUAGAGAUUUGGCAACGUAAGCUUCUCCCAAUAUUCCGAGCUGAAUGGGCAAUUGAUUGGGUUUCUAAACUAUUCUGUUUUGGACAAACAGCCUAAGAGAGUAAUCAGAUCAUAAUCAGCAUUCAUCAAUCGCCUACCAAGAUCAUGAAUUUCAUGGAUUCCGAGACACAACCACCAUAUGAUUUACCACAAUUGGAUUCAGAUUGCAAUAUGCCUCCUCCACUUGCUCCUCAAUGUAAAAGCUUCAAAUGGAAAAUACAAAUCAUAGAUACUGAUGGAAACAUAGAAGGCAAACUAAUGACAUCUCAAGAGGUCUGGAAAUUGCAAAACAGCAAAGUGAUAGUGCAUUUUGACGAAGAUAGCGGUCAGCCAAUUGGAGAUUCUGGAGGUUUACUUGGAUCAUGGUUAGGCCAAUUAAGCAGUGAUGUCAAUUUGCUACCCAUUAACUACAAGGAGUGGAGGUUAGUGACUACUCACACAAAAAACAAAGCAUGGAAUGUAAUUCAGUCCAAAUUCUGGUUUGAUGAUCCGAUGAUGAGAAGAAAAUGUGUAAUAAGCGCACUUGGUAGCAGAUGCAAGGAUGUCAAAAAAUAUCUUUGGGAUGGACACAAACGAGAUACUCUAAGAGAAACAAUGCAGAAUCGACCUGAGGGUGUUCCUAAUAAUCAAUGGUGUCAUUUCGUGGAGAUGAGGUUCACUGAGAAAUGGAAGAAAAUGCAAGAGAGGAACACAGAGAACCAGAAAAAGAAUAGCAUGCCUCACUUAUGUAGAAGAAAGAGCUUUGGCAGGAGAAGAAAUGAGAUUAAAAUCAAGACAGGAAAAAUACCAUCUCGAGCAGAGUUUUUCAUUGAGUCUCGCACAAAACCUGAUGGAAGCUUCAUAUGUGAGAAGGCAAAAACAUGUGCGGAAGAACUUACGAAGCUAUUGAGUCAAAAUUCGCAAGUCAUAAACAAUGUUCCAGCUAGAUUAGAUGAUGAGUAUGCUCAAGUGUUUGGUCCAGAGCGUCCAGGACGAAUACGUUGCAUUGGUCGUGGACCUACACCUUCAACAUUAGCAAGACGAUCAGCUGCAACUAGAGCAGAGAUAGAAAAUUCUGAAGUGGUUGUUCAGCUGCAGGAAGAAGUGAAAGGAUUUAGAGAUCAAGUAAAGGCAAUGAGUACUUUCAUCCAACAAAUACUUGGUACUUCAAACGGUGAACAGGCUUCAAGUUUUACAGUAGCUUUUGGGAACAUACCAAAUCCAACAUUUGCAAACAUGCCAAAUUUGCCAAAUCCUCAGGAAAUGGGUGAUGGUGCCGAUUGAUAUCCAGUGCCAUCUGAUCAAUAUUAAUUUAGUAAAACAAUUUAGUUACUUUGGUUUAUUUAUAUUUUAUUCACUUGCAAAACUUUUUAGGAAAUAUGGAUUUUAAUUUGCUUUUAAUACAUUAAUUAGUAAUUUGAAUUUGUUUUUUAGUAUUAAAUUAAAUAUUUCAUUUAUAUUUCUUUUUACAAAAAAUAAAUAAAUUUGAC